AAAUCAAUCACACUAUAUCAUAGCCUCGAUCACAAAUAAAAUUAAUACACAACUGGGGUCACAACAUUGAAAAUUUUAUCAAUUUAAUCCUACAAUCUAGUGAUUUAUUUUUUAUUUUGUUGGCAAUUUAUGAUAUGACAAUUUGGGGUUAUGUCAAAUUCAAAUCUCAAAAAUGCUGAAAGACAGUGAGAACCGGGCCGUAUUCCCCGGUGACGUUAUAAGAGACAUCAAAUCGGUGAAAGGAGUGACUAUUUUGGGGCCCGGCUUGCACCAGAACGAAUCAGAGCUCAAUUCCGUCCGAGUGACGCGCAGCGGGAGUCUUCAUUUUAAGCCCCCCAAUGUCUACUGGGUGGAGCACGACCAGAAGCGCUAUAUCCCCAAACGUGGGGACUUGGUCGUAGGAAUAGUAGUGAAAAAAUCGGGUGAUUUGCUUAAAAUCGACAUUGGGGCCAGUGAGCCCGCUUCAUUGUCGAUGUUAGCAUUCGAGGGGGCCACCAAGAAGCAAAAGCCCGACUUGCAAGUAGGUGAUUUGGUCUACGGGAAGUUGCUGAACGCGCAUAAAGAAAUGGAGCCCGAGUUGGUGUGUGUUGACUCUUAUUUCAAAGCGGGGAAGUUGGGGCCCUUGUCGAACGAUGGGUUUGUGGUGACGGCCAGUUUGGGGCUGGUGUACCGGUUGUUGGACCCCGAGAACCCGAUUUUGGAAACCUUGGGGAAGCUUUUCCCGUUUGAGAUUGCGGUGGGGAUGAAUGGCAAGGUUUGGGUCAAUGCGAAAAGUGUCAAAGAUGUUUUAACUGUGAUUAGGUGUCUCGAGGUGGCUGAGGCACAGGACGAUAAAACGGUGCUUGAUUUAUGUAAACAAUUUAAAUAAAUAUUUAAUAA